UCACGCUGGACAGACAGUGGUUCUCUUUUUCCUCGCGCAAAAGCCACAUAUUCGAGAGAGAAAGCGAAUCGGCACCUGUCUGAAUUAUUUAUUUGAUUUGUCUCGUUUUGGUUGUUUUGUAUUGCCUGUAGUUAUUACGGAUUUGUUGUGUGAUCAUUGACAUAUAUUUCAUACUGGGUCGCUUACUGUGCAAUAGGCUAUAUGUGAACUAAUUCACUUAGCCUACACUUUUUAUUUUUAUUUUUUACCUGCGGCGCUUUUCAACGUUGGUUCGCCGUUUAUCGUGGCAAAUGAGGAAUCUCAAAUAGUAUUUUAUUUAUUUAUUAUAUUUUGACAUUGGUGAAUAGCGCUCUCUGAGCGUUUCCUAUCCCGGACUGGACCAAUGCGUUGCCCGUGGCCAGCGGAUCCACGAUAGCCUCGUUUCUCACACCGCAGAGUUCACGCUCAACGGCCGGACGGAUGUGUGCCAGCAGACCCCGCGAACACACACCUCUGAUGGAUCAUUUAUCUACCGUUUUUGAGCUUUUAUUUCGGGCCCCUUGCACUUUCUUUAUACCUUAUGUUGUGCAUAAAGCCUUGAGUUCGGCCUCGGAUCUAUAGAGCAGAAAGCAGUUGAGAUAAUGCCGCUUGCUCAACUUGACCGUUGGUCUGAACCGAAUCGACCUGUUUUACCUGGGCGCAUGCGGAGAAUCCUCUCGUUCUGAAUCACAAAAGGAGCCUUCUAUGUGGUUGGGAAUACAAAAGUUGAACACUGAAAACUUUAGUCUACUCAAGACGGCUAUAAGUGAAGAUGGUUUUGUGUUCAACGUGUAUUUCAUUAAAUUGGCAUCCAGCGUAAUAAACAUAAUCAGUGAUGUAGUGAGUCUGUUCAUAUGCGUGCUCAUCAUUUGCAGUAAAUACUCACAACAGCUCAAACAGAGGACUAUGAAGAUGCUACUCUUCCGUAAAUUCCGGGUUUUGAUUCUCAUGGUGUUUCUAAUCGCCUGCUCAAUGCACAUCUUGAUAGACUUGUUACCAAAGCUGGAGAGGCGCGGCAACACCGGCUGCUCCUGCUCGCACACGCCGAGCGAGGGCCCUCAGAACUGGGCUAAACACCGAGCCAGGUCGGGAGUGGAGUCGGGCUGGCCUAACAAACACACUCUGAGAAUCCUCCAGGACUUCAGCAAUGAGCCAAACUCUAACAUCUCUUCCCAUUCUCCGGAGAAGAUCCCCAAAGCGGGGGAUAAAACGGAAGCCUUUAUACGGCCUGAACAUUAUGCGCAAAAUGGUGACAAAAAUAGACGGUUUAUACCGGACACUGUGCUCAACAAAAAUGUACCUGUCAAAGGUUCAAGGUUGCGGGCGCUGUUUGACCACCCAUUAUUUAAGAGAGUCUUACCAUCUCUGACCGACGAGGACACAUUGUUCAAUGUCAACACAGACAUCAGAUUUGACACCAAAGGCGCCACAGAGAAUCAGGAAUGGCAUGCUGAGCGGAACGUGGAGGAGUACUCUCCGACAGGAGGGGAGCUGACAGUUGACUCCUACCCCAACUGGCUCCGCUUCCACAUAGGGAUUAAUCGAUAUGAGCUCUACUCCAGACACAACCCAGUCAUCGAUGCCCUCCUCAGGGACUUGGUCUCACAGAGAAUCACCAGUGUUGCCAUGAAGUCUGGAGGCACACAACUAAAACUCAUCAUGACGUUCCAGAACUACGGACAGGCUCUGUUCAAACCUAUGAAGCAGACUCGGGAGCAGGAGACGCCCCCUGACUUCUUCUACUUUUCGGACUUUGAGAGACAUAAUGCUGAGAUUGCUGCCUUUCAUCUGGACAGGAUCCUGGAUUUCCGCCGUGUCCCUCCUGUAGCCGGUAGACUAUUGAAUAUGACUAAAGAGAUCAAGGACGUGACCAGAGACAAGAAGCUGUGGAGAACCUUCUUCAUCUCACCAGCCAACAACAUCUGUUUCUACGGGGAGUGUUCGUACUACUGCUCUACAGAGCAUGCUCUGUGCGGUAAGCCAGACCAGAUCGAGGGUUCUCUGGCUGCCUUCCUCCCAGACCUGGCCCUGGCAAAACGCAAGACCUGGAGAAACCCCUGGAGACGAUCCUACAACAAACGCAAGAAAGCAGAGUGGGAGGUAGAUCCUGACUACUGUGAAGAGGUUAAACAGACCCCUCCCUACGACAGCGGCACCCGUCUAUUGGACAUCAUGGACAUGACCAUCUUUGACUUCCUCAUGGGCAACAUGGAUCGUCAUCACUAUGAGACAUUUGAGAAGUUUGGCAACGAGAGCUUCAUCAUCCAUCUCGACAAUGGGAGAGGGUUUGGAAAGCAUUCUCAUGACGAGGUGUCUAUUCUGGUGCCUUUAAGCCAAUGUUGCAGAGUGAAGAAGUCGACACACCUGCGUCUGCAGCUGCUGGCGAAGGAGGAGUACCAGCUGAGUGGUUUGAUGUCUGAGUCUCUGCUGAGUGACAAACUGACACCCAUUCUCAUCCAGCCACACCUGAAGGCUAUGGACAGACGACUACACCACACACUCAACAUCCUGGCAGACUGCAUCGAGAAGGAGGGCUAUAGUAAUGUUGUGGAGGAUGACCUGGCAGGGGAGACGGAGUGGGGGCACACAUCACCCAGGGGGAGGUAGCUGCGAGGCCUGAACCGUUCUAGAAUAGACUAGACUGGAUUGGACUGGAUCGCACUGGCCGGAACUAGGGUGGAUCGGACUUAACUGGACUGGAUUGUACAAAUGUGGACGCUAUCACCAUAGGCCCCUUAUUGCCCACCACAGCGCUACAGACCAUGAAAGUCUUGAGAGAUGUUUGUCUUGUUCAGAAGAGAUUUUUGAAUUCAGUGAAUUCCAAGACUGAUAUUAUUCCUUCUGUUGUCACCUGAAUCAUGUGUGUUUAUACGCAUUGUUGGGACCUGUCAAAGGCCUGUAAACAACAUGCCUAUUGGAGGAGAUCGACUCUGUCUUAAUUAAGAAACAUGUUUUAUUGCUAAUUGUUUAAUUACUUCUGUUGUUUUACGUUGUUGUCGAUGUGUUUUUUUAUAAAUAUAUUUGAUUGGA